AAAAAAGAAAGUCUGGACUUCUCUCUGGAGCAAACCUUUGAGUUCCAAUUCCAGAAUUCUCUCUCUCUCUCUCUCUCUCUCUCUCUCUCUCUCUCUCUUCGUCUUUGAAUAUUAAUCUCUCGAGUGAUUUGCCGCUAUUGUUACCAAAAUUCCGACAGCGGGGACCGUCUAUAGCUAUCCUCAAGUUUAUGGCUGACACAGCAAACAUAAGAUACACAUGCACCUCUAGGCUGUAUAUAAACUCCAUGCAGGAAGAGCACCAAAAGCCCUCUCCACUUGAAAGACUUGGUUAUGGCAAUGCAAUUACGCUCUUUGCUCUUAUGUGUGGUGCUUCUCUUUAUUGGCUUUGCAUUGGCAAAUACCAAAGCCUGCAUUGGCAAAAACCCUCUCUACGCAUUGAUUGCCAAAAUCUGAACAGGACCAAUUUUGAUUCUCUUGUACCAGAUUUCAUAUUUGGCGCUGCUGCAUCAUCUUACCAGGUAGAAGGUGCUGCAAACGAAGAUGGUAGAGGACCAAGCAUAUGGGAUACCUUCACCCACAACCAUCCAGAAAAGAUCGCUGAUCAAAGUAAUGGAGAUGUCGCCAUUGAUGAAUAUCAUCGCUAUAAGGAGGAUGUGGAAAUUAUAAAGAAUAUGUCAAUGGAAGUGUACAGGUUCUCCAUCUCAUGGUCCAGAGUGUUACCAAAAGGAACUGGUCAACCUAACCCGAAAGGAAUCGAAUACUACAAUAAUCUCAUUAAUGAAAUCCUAAAGAAAGGUAUGAAACCAUAUGUUACACUCUUUCACUGGGAUCUUCCCCAAGCCUUACAAGACAAAUAUGGUGGUUUCUUAAGCCCUCUUAUUAUAGAUGACUUUAGGGCAUACGUAGAACUUUGUUAUAAGGAAUUUGGUGAUCGAGUACGGUAUUGGACGACAUUUAAUGAGCCAUAUACUGUGAGUAACCAUGGUUAUGCAAUCGGGGUCCACGCACCAGGCCGAUGCUCUUAUUGGUACGACCAAACAUGCCUCGGUGGAAAUUCGGGCACUGAACCAUAUUUGGUGACACACAACCAACUCCUUGCUCAUAUCGCCGCUGUAGAAUUAUACAAGGAUAAAUAUCAGGCAUGUCAAAAAGGUGUGAUAGGAAUAACAGUGAAUACUUACUGGUUUGUGCCCACUUCUAAGGCAAAGCAUGAUAUAGAUGCUGCAUUUCGAGCUUUGGAUUUUAUGUUUGGAUGGCAAGUGUUUAUGGACCCAUUGAUAAGUGGUGAUUAUCCACAUAGCAUGCGAUUUCUUGUUGGAAAACGAUUACCAAAAUUCACAGAUGAAGAAUCCAAGUUGUUGAAAGGGUCAUAUGAUUUUAUUGGAAUAAAUUACUAUUCUGCUAGAUAUGCAAGUGCUUACCCUGCAGGUUAUUCUGUACCUACGCCUCCAAGCUACAUGACUGAUAAUUAUGUUAAUGUUACAACUGAGUUUAAUGGGGUCCCCAUUGGUCUAAAGGCUGCUUCAGACUGGUUAUAUAUUUACCCAAAAGGACUUUACGAUCUUAUACUCUACACAAAGGAAAAGUAUAAUAAUCCAAUUAUGUACAUUACUGAGAAUGGCGUGGAUGAGUUCAAUAAUCACAAAGUACCACUUCAGAUAGCCCUUAAGGAUCCCGAUAGAAGUUACUACUACUAUCACCACCUUUGUUACCUCCAAGCAGCAAUCAAAGAGGGUGCUAAUGUGCAGGGAUUCUUUGCAUGGUCAUUUCUAGACAACUUUGAAUGGAAUUCUGGAUACACUGUUCGGUUUGGUAUCAACUAUGUUGAUUACACCAAUGGACUGAAAAGAUACCCAAAAGACUCGAUGCAGUGGUUCCAAAGUUUCCUCAAGAGAUCAUAAAAUUUGUGUAUCAAAAUGAUGGAUAAAGUACAGUAGUUGUGCAAGUUAUAUUGUGUUAACUUUCUGUUUGACUCUUUCUGAGUCGGAAUAAGU